AUGGCUGUUUAUGCACAGGCGGUUGAUGGUAAUGUCGGGAACAAUUCUAUGUUUAGCGGUUCGUGUUUUCACACUAAGAGAGAGUAUCAGCCGUGGUGGACGGUGGACCUUCAUCAAGACUACUAUAUUACCAGUGUCGUUGUAUAUAACCAACUGGACCACUGUUGUGGUACAUACAAUGUCGCCAUCGGUAAAACAGCUUCACAGAGUAGCAAUCACCGAAUAUACGAAUGGCUCGCUCCAACAGCGGUGGAUGGUAUUGUCGGGAACAACUCUAUGUUUAGCGGUACGUGUUUUCACACGACUAAAGAGUACCAGCCGUGGUGGAGGGUGGACCUACAUCACGACUACAUUAUCACUAGUGUCAUUAUGUAUAACCGACUGGACUCUUUUGCUGAACGGGCAAGGAACAUUAAACGUACAAUCGGUAAAAGUUUGGACUCAAUGAGUCAGGCUGGAUACCUAGAUGGCGGGUUGACCACUCAUACGUUCACCGUUGACCCACCAUUGGUAGGACGUUUCGUGCGAUUGCAGCUGAAAGGGAUAACGGAGUUUUUCCAUCUAUAUUUCUUCUCUUCCGUGACUCGUACCAAAAACGUACAAAAUGAGGAUACAGGCUACGCAAUACCAUAUGUUCCCCCCGAGAACCGCGACACCAUCAUCUAUCCAGCGACGGGAUCAGAAAUUAGUCGCACCUCCCACAUUGCUGCCAAGGACAAAUAG